CAUUCAUAAGCACCGGAUCUACUGCGUGCUCCGGAUGGACCCAAUAAUUAGGUUGACUCUCAGCAACUUCGUUGAUCUUGGAGGUCCUCACUUGUGGACCCUACUUUUCGUCAGCAUGAACCCCAUGGCUUCCAAUGGAUGGAUUGGAUCUCCAUAGUUAACAGCGGCACUUGGACUUUAAAAGUGGCCAUUGGAACAAAUAGGAUCAUCGCUAUCUGCUGUGACGUCGAUUUGGCCACUUCGUCAUUGCCAGAAAGAUUCUUCUGUUGGCAUCUUCUUGGCCAUGAUGUUAAAUUUUCAUGUCAGCCACAGUGAGAUGGUUGCAAGUAAUGGAGGUCAGGGUCAGCCAAAUGAUUCCACGCCAUAUAUUUCCCUCAGUCCAAAACCGCAAUAGCUCCCGUGUUUCGUCCUUGAGUCUGAUCAAAUUAACCGGCCUGAAUCGAAAUAGGCAAAAAGUAUCCAGACGGGCGGACAAUCUAGAAACUCGAGAGACUCAAUUGAAUUGGUACGCCUAAAAGACACCCCCACGAGGGGUUCUAGAGGGGCAACUCCGAUCGCUCUCAGGUGUUGAGUCGUUUCGGAUACCAUGCCGUACCAGUUAGUUUAACAGGUGCGCUUAUUAAUGAGAGGAUCAAAGGUCGGACGGAUCAGGAUCAAAAGUCACGAUGUGCUUUAUCCGCGUUGAGCGAGCUAACCUGGGUGACAUAUCCGACUCGGGCUGUUUUGGGGGUAAAUAUUUAAUUGAUGGGGAGCGAUGGUCGGAGAGAAAACAACCAAGCUGUUCUCUCAUCUUCCGAAAGGUGUGGUAGAGGCAGCACCCUUGAAACCAAUGAGCAAAGGGAUGAACUAUGUUGGUGUUUAUUAUCAAUGAUGCCGUAACUGCUGAUGAAUGAUAUGAUGUUUCUAUGUAAGAGCUCCGGCCCCGAGUGAAAACUCUCCGUAGCGGCCGGCCACCAUGACCAACUAACUCUCUGUGAUAGACAGAAUGCGAUAUGAUAAUAUUCACGAGAUUGAUUGCUAACACGACAAUGAAUGCAUUAUCCAGCCCCGUACCCCGAAUAGCCGGCAUAUCCAUCCAUCCUCGUCCCUCAAGGGAAGAAAUGGAAAUUACCUACUCCGUACGUACUACCAGUAACCUUACCUAAGGUAUCCGUAGGGCGGCCAUGAUUCCAAAGUGGGGGUUUUCGACCUUAUCGGUAAACUAUGUCCGAUCUUUUUCUCCCAGUAUCAAUCAAUCGAUCAAUCAAUCAAUCCAACCACCAACAGACGGACGAUAUCUACGAUAUUGGUAUUACCCACCAAACCAAUACAGCCAAUGAGCUAGCACCAGGUGCAGGUGAAGAGAAAUGGUCAAGAAAACGGGCCCCUCCAAGAAGACUGCUCCUCCAAAGCAAAAUUCCAGUUCAAAGCAGAGCUCCAAGAAAUCGCCUGUCCUGCUAGAAACUUCUUCACCAGCCCUACAAAGUGAAGAGCAGCAGCAGCGUCUUCUUAAUAUCUUCUCAAGUGCUUUCAGCAAUGUUCUGACUUCAGCUGAUUUCUCAAGGUUGCUUCAGGAGAUAAAGCAAGCCUUGUUUAAUCGAGAAUUCGCUGCCGCUUUCGGGAGAGAAGACUACCUCGAAGCCUAUGCUGCUCGAUGGAGCCCCACGCGAGCAUUAUGCUAUGCUGCUGUGUUUCUCAGUAUCAAGAAGCACCUUGACGGGAUUUUGAUUUCCAAGGAAGAGACGAAGGAUGACACAAGUAUCACCAAGGAGCGCUCAGUAUCACAUAAAGAGAUCACUGAAUCAACCCAGGAUGAUGCAAAUGACAAGCUUGAAGGGGCUGAACUAGAAACCUUUCAGGAUCUCAAACUUGACAGUACCUCUCCUCGGCGCAGUGCCACUCUUCGAAUGUUGUCCGUAGGCGGCUGUGCAGCUGAGCAUGUUGCCUUUGCCUCUUACCUCCAGACAACUGCUACAGAUGGCCAUCUGACCCUUCUCGAUUCGGGCCCAUGGACGACGGUCAUUUCUCUUCUCGAAUCCAUUACCGUCAAUCCUCCGCCUAUUUCAAAAUAUGCAUCCACAGCACGCCAGGCGGCCAAUCACUCACUGCUGGAAAAGAAUCAACUUUCACUGGACGUGGUCCAGCGAGAUGUCCUGGAUCUUGACAUGGACUCCCUUUCAGCGCAAUGUGCCAAUGGCAGAGUACCAAUCAUCUUGACUCUGCUCUUCACACUCAAUGAGCUGUACACAACAGCAGGUAUCGGCAAGACGACCAAGUUUCUUAAGAAUCUUGGGCAGGUCCUAGCAUCUGAUAGCUUGGUCCUCGUAGUGGACAGCCCAGGAAGCUAUUCGGAGGCAGCUUUGGGUAAAGAGAAGAAGAGAUAUCCUAUGCAAUGGCUUCUCGAUCACACCCUCAUAGAAACCGAGACGCCUGGAUACUCCUGGGAAAAACUACAGUCGGACGACUCCAUCUGGUUUCGUCUUCCAGAAGGCUUGUCUUAUCCAAUCCCGCUCGAGAAUAUGCGCUACCAGAUGCACUUGUACCGCUUACAGAAGCCAUGAUUUGAGGAAAACAACAGCUGGAGAAUUAUCGUGAUAUCUAUGGUCUGCAUUAUUUAUAACGUAUUAUAUGGGGAUAGAUCGUUUAUGCUGCUUCUUUGAUGGCGGGAUCUAUCAAGCCCACACCAUCUUCUUGAGUGAGUGUCCUAGCUGUUCUAACAGCCCUGUGUUCUUCUUGGCCUCCUCUAGAGAAAUGAUGGGGCCGGUCUCGAUAAGCCUCUUCCUCUCUUCGCCCGGAUGCUCCGCCUGUCUCUCCAGCGCCAGCCGCUCAAUGUCACCGCAAAUGGUGGAAACCUGCUGAGUCUCUGUCUGCGUAGGGCCAUCAUCGCCCACAAUAGCGACAGAGGAAUCCACAUUUGUCGCCUUGAAGACCAGGCGGCGAACGCUCGGUGACGAAGCAGACGAGGAUUUACUGGUAAGCAAGUUGGCUAGGCUGGCGGGAAUGCUGGCAUCCUUUUGUUCGGUAGCAAUCUCCUCACCUGUCAUCUCGCCGCGACUUGAAAAGGUUCGCGUGUUGGUCCUGCGGAUGUCACUCUUGCCAGGGCUAUAUGUCACCACAAAGCCGGCAUUCCUAAUCUCGUCGAUGUGGGAAAGGGAGAUGGUGGAUGUAAUAUAAGUGCCGUACUUGAUGCCUGUGAUGCUAUCGAGCUCGACACGCUCAAAGGAUGAUACCUUGUCAGACUUCCAGUCAAAACGGCAUGAAUAGAGAGCUGCAUCUGUCAAUAACAGAACAACCUCUUCGAGCGGCCAGGACUUGAUAGCAUCAGGUGUAGUAGGACUCAGGAGAACCCAGCCGCCGUGGAACUCUUCCUUCUCAUCGGCUAUGACUCGCUUCUGGCAUAAUUCGACGGCCAGUUCUCUCAUCUUGAUGACGGAUACCGCUGGAUCCUUCGUCAUCAUGUCACUCUCAAACUCUUCGAAGAUUUUGGCUGUUACGUUGCCGAGGAGGAAAUCAAUGGCUGCUUGGCUGAAGUAGUCGUUGACCAUGCUGACUUGGUUAGCAAGAGGUUGAGCCGUCAAGAAGGGGGAAUUGGAAUACAUACCCACUAUAGUAUCUAGCAAGACCGAGACCCAAAUCAUUCAACGCACCACGAUAAUCUCUCUUCCGCGUUCUUGUGUAGUCGCCCUUCAUGGCUGCUGUCGAUGCGUACUGUUUUGACACAGCGUCGCCAUUGUCCGCCCAGAGGGUGUUGAACCAAGCAGUCACUUGAUCAGAUUGCGCGCUCAUGUCAAACCCUUCCUCCUUGAGUUGAACUUCCAGCAUAUGCUUUGCGAAUGAACUCUGGCAGACGUUGGUUCGGUCAAGGCAGUCCAUACAGUUGGUUCGGAAAACACCUUGCUGUCGAGCCAAUUGCUUCCCGUCCGCUUGAACAGUGCUCCCAAAGCCCUCGAUCUUGUCCCUCAACUGAUCUAACAGCAUGCUGACAUUCUCAAACUUCAUGCCUCUACAAGCAGCAUGGAAAUCAAACCAUUCGAAAGGUAUCUUUUGAUCUUCGCUGGCAUUCUUGUUGAUUUCUUCCACGGCUGUCUCAUAUGCAGAACCGAUGAUGGACUCGACCCCAUGCUUUUCGACGAGAUUGAUUAUCUGCAAGUGGCCAUAAUUCCUGGAAAGACUUUCGAAAUGACUGCGGCACGCAGCUUGAUUGGCCUCCUCGGAGUGUUGCCGAAUAGGAGUAGGUUUGAAAGCAUAUGGCGACUGUGUGAAGAAUAGGGGAAUGCUUCCCCUAACCUGCAGAAAUGAGUAUAUCUUUGAAGAUGGGUCCCACGUUGGUGUGGAAAGAAGCUGUUCGGUUUCAACCAUAUUCGCAACAAAACCAUCCUGAUCAAUGCCACGACGCAGAUACCGCAGGCCAGCUCGUUUUGUGGACCGGCGCGAUAUCACAGUGAUUAGAUACUUUCUUUCCGAAGAGCGAAGGUCUAUGGAUGCCCUGGAACUUAGCAUUUGUGGAGAAGCUGGCAGCUCUUUUGAAGAUGAAAGAUUGGAGAGUUCGACGGAAUCCUUGCCGGUAUCAUCGCUCUGGGGAGGCUGACUAUCGACGAUGAAGGCCCUCUGUCCAACAAAUCCUUGAAUCACCGGCAAUGCUAGAGAAUCUUGUCCGCUUGAUAGGAAAGGUUUCAUGAGAUUCCGGUUCCAAAAGAAGACCUCGUCUGCCUGGCUGUGGAGAGGGCGCUCGCUGUUCGGGGGUAUCGAUCCGUCACUGAGAGAGCGAGUGAGGUCGACGUCGUAAGAGAAGUAGAAACUCCGCGAUGAACCAAAGAGAACAUGGGCGGUUCGCAAAAGUUUUGGCAAUAAUUCGGGCUCUUUGGGCACGACCUUAUCGAGCUUCUCUUGUGUAUCCUCUGAGGACGACUCAGUCGCAGGAGCAUUGGUUUCUGGAACCCUGGAUGAAUUGCUCAAACCCAUAUUCCUCUUUUGAUCCAGAGUCCAGCCACUUCGGCUGAACCAACGUUGGGCAAAGCGCCCGUAGCUGCCCCUCCUGCGAAUGACAUCUUCAGCGACACGGCUUCUAGCCGACCCAGGCCUUGCAUCUUCGUCCUCAACAACGGCGUCUUCUACUUCGUCUGACGUUCUUGAGGGCAGUUCAACAUCUUCAUCGCUGCUAUCACUCUCGUUCCCUGAGUCUUGUGCUUGGCGUGACAGGUGGCCCGAGGUCUUCCUUAUUGAUUCUUCAGCGCUAGCCUUGGAUGUGCAUGGUGUAAGGGCGACUUCGGUAACGACAUAGAUGGGGUGGCCGCAGAUUUGUGCGACUUGUUGGCGCCGUGUAAUAGUCACAAGAUAAUUCAACUUCGAGACUGCAAUAAUGCCUACAGUUGUCGCGUCCGUCAGUCUCGAGUCUUACAUGCCAUAAGCGCGGGGCCAUGCCGUGUCAUACCAAUCACUCCAAAAGCUUCAAAAGAAGAAUCUGGCUUAGAAUCAUCAGGGACAUGUUCACGCGGAACAUGAGAGAUUGAGGCGUCGCCAUAUUUGAGUCGAACUGGCUGAAAAGGUCGUUGGCCUUUGGAAGAGAGUGGCUGUAUUAUAAGCCCAUCUAUCGCUGCGCAGAUGAGGAGCUUGCGAGCAAUGGAUGGCAUUGUGCGGGGGGCACGUAGUUCUUAUCGGCGGCACUUGGUAGGCAUUCAAGGAUGAAUCCAGGGAAGCAAUAUCAGGAAUUGGCGAUCUAAAAAGAAUAGACACAGACGAGACAGGUUACGAAGAAGCUGCAGGAGGAAUUGGGGCAAGCUGCAGCUCACCCGAGAGACGGAAAGGAUCGAAUCGAGCGGCUAUUACUAGGUACACUUAAUAUGACCGCAUCAGUUCACUCAAUUUUUUUUGGUGGUGGAGACGUCAUAGCCUG